AUGAAAGAAGAAAAAGACUUGGUGGUGAUUGCUUGUAGGUUAAUGGCUGGCGUUUCACCUGCAGCGGCUCAUUCUCCAGCACCACAGCCAUUACCAACAGCAUCUCCGGUAAUACAGCCGGUAUCAACAUCAUCUCCAGCAACACAGCUGUUUCCAACACCAUCUCCAUCAACACAGCUGUUUCCAACACCAUCUCCUUUCUCCUUCUCAGUUGCCACUACAGGGUGGAGCUCUAGACCCUCUGUCUAUUUUUCCCAUUGCUUCCUCCGAAGCUUGGCUCUUCUUUUCUCUUUUGUCUCUGCUCUCUCCCUCACGGUCACGGCCCCAUCAAGUGGACGAGCUAGCUUCACAAAGUACCCAGAAUUAACGUACUGUUUGGUUGUAACCAUUUUGGCUCUCACUUACUCAGCCUUCCAACUAUCUAAAAGUGUUUGUGACAUUACCCACAAAGGCUUUCUCAUCUCAGACAGGGUGUCCGACUACAGUAGCUUCAUUCUUGAUCAGUUGGUGGGUUAUCUUCUUGCAUCCUCUUCUUCGGUGAUAAUACCAGCCAUUCAGCGGGUCGAACAAACUGCACUCUGGAAGGCAGGCAUAGUCUCUGCUACAAACUUUGUAAGAGAGUCAUAUGGUGAUGCCAUCCUGGUGUAA